AUGACGAUGACAGACAAUGGCAACAAGGAAGAAGGUGAUGGAGCGUUUGUGGUGGAGAAAGAGUUUGGCAAAACUCACGAGGAAACUCUCGGAAUCGAUCCUCACGAGACAACGAAGCUACUCACCGCAGUUGACGGCCGCUCCAAGUUCAACCCCCCACUGCCGAGUGGCUACUUCGGGAACGGCAUUGCUUGGUCCUGCGUUGAGUGCAGUGCGGGCGAAUUGACCCACAAUCCCUUCUCGUUCGCUGUCAGGACCGUGCACGAGGCGCUCGCAUCCGCCACCGAGAGUUACAUAAGGUCAGCCAUCGACCACAUCGAGUUGAACAGGGUCCUAGUCGACUGCGAGGGCAGCGCUUGCUGCAUCAGCAAAUGGAGCCGGCUCCCUUUCUACAAGAUGGAUUUCGGGUUUGGGAGGCCGUUCCAGGUGGCGCCAGCAACAGUCCCCGACAGCCUCAUCUUGGUCACUUCUCGGAGCAGGGAGAGCAACGAGUUGGUUGUGUCCCUGGGGCUUACUCAUGACACCAUGGAUGUUUUCUCAAAGUUGAUUCAACAUGAGCUCAUGCUAAAAAGCAAGUUCUAG